AUGGCCGCUGAAGCUUCCAGUUUCAAACUGUAUAGAUAUGAUCCUUCUAUUGGUGCGGCUGUUGUCUUUGUUCUUCUCUUCCUUGUUGGUUCCUGCAUCCAUACGUACCAGGUUGCGCGGACUAGAACAUGGUUCUUUGUCCCAUUCAUCCUUGGUGGAUAUUUUGAAUGGAUCGGCUACAUUGGACGAGCAAUAUCAGGGACACAAAGUCCGAAUUGGACUGUCCAACCCUAUAUUCAACAAACCCUCCUGCUUCUGAUUGCUCCUACCCUAUUUGCCGCAAGCAUCUACAUGGAAUUGGGCCGGAUAGUCCUACUGACGAAUGGGGACAUACAUUGCUUGAUCAGGCGACAGUGGUUGACCAAGAUUUUCCUCAUGGGCGAUAUCAUCUCGUUUAUCAUGCAAGGGGCCGGCGGCGGCAUCAUGGCAAGUGGUAGUGCCAGCGCGCUCUCCACCGGCGAGCACAUAAUUAUCGGAGGUUUAAUUGUACAGCUGAUAUUCUUUUCUCUGUUUCUGUGGACCACCAUCAAGUUCCAUAUUGGGAUCCAAAACAGUCCGACUCGGAAAGUCGUCCAUUCGCAGCCGCCGUGGGAGAGGCACAUUUACGCAAUGUAUAGUGGCAGCCUUCUCAUCUUCGUCCGCUCCAUCUUCCGUCUCAUCGAAUAUGCUCAAGGCAACGACGGCUAUCUCGUGACACACGAAGCAUACAUGUAUAUUUUCGACGGCGUGCUAAUGCUUCUGAACAUGGGCGUGUUUGCUUGGAUCCACCCGAAUUACCAGGUUGAAUGGAGUAUCUUGCACAUUCUCAUUCGAGUCAUUCCGGGCGCCCUCUAG